GCAACAACAAUUCAAGGAUGAUCGAUGUGCUAUUUGUAUAUUUGUACGCGGAAAAUUGUCGCGGGCUGUAGGAUUUAUAAAAUAAAGCAUAGGGAAUGGCUCUUUUAAAUACGAAAAAUUUGGAAAUAUUUGUUAAUGAUUUCCUCAAAAAGGAUUUGGAAGAACUAGAGCGCCACAUAGAUAAAUAUAAUGGGGAGAUAAUGGAGUAUGUCCAACUCGAAAAUACACUGCAGACACUAAAUGAGAAUUCGCCAGGUUCUUUUAAGACCCAAAUGAAUAUUGGAGGCAAUAUUUUCAUGGAAGCUAAAGUGGAUAAUACAGACACGAUACUGAUAGAUGUGGGCAAAGGUUACUUCCUACAAUUCUCUGCUGAGGAGGCAAUGAAAUUUUUAGAUUUUAAAGUAAGAGUACUAACUAAAGAAUGUAAUGUGCUACGAGAGGAGAGCGUGAAAAAACGUUCGGAUAUAAAAUUGGCGCUUAUGUGCAUUGCUGAACAAGAAAAUUUAUAUCAAAGGAAAAAGGAUUGAAAGGCACCUUAAUUAAUAGCUAAUAAUAGUUGUGUGUAGGUAUAUGUAUAUACUUUUAAAUAUGAACUUCCUAGAUGGUUAACAUUUUCGGAAUAUUUUACUUUAUGUCUGUGAAAGUAGGAAUCAUUUUUGCAUAGCAUUAAGGUGAAUAAUAAAACAACAAAAUCACAUA